CCCACAUCUUCACAGACACAGGUUCUUAACCCACUGAGCCACAGGGGGAACACCCACAAGAUUACUAAGUACCAGCUGGGUGCCAGAACCUUGUUGGGGAUCCAGAAAGGACCCAGGACCCUACCAGGCGCCGGGCCUUGGAUCCCAGGCGGUGUGCUGGGGGUGGGGCAUCCACGUGAGCAACUCCUCUCAAGCAGGCCUAUGCUGGAAGGCUUGCCUGUCCCCCAGGCGCCUGAAAAGCCACCCUGUGGCUCCCACCCCCAGGUGGUGCCAGGCAGCCCCACCCCAUCGCCACCUGGGGCCGCAGGGCCCUGGAACUGAGAGGCCACAGGCACUUCUGGCUCUGCUGCUGAGAGGCUGCCUGGAGCCAGGCCCACUUAGCACCUGGCAGCACGUGAUGCCCGUGAACGCCCUGCCAGCAGCACUCAGCCCUAAUGAGGCCGUCAUGCUGAAUGGGGGUGUGCUGGCUCCUUUGCAGCCGGGCUGGGAGUGGGGUGCGGAGGAGUGACCAGUGCCCGUACCUGGGGUGGCCGGGGGCGCAGCUUCCCCUCGGGGCCCCCGUGCACAUGGAAGCUGUGGUGUGGAUCACAGCCCGGUUUCUGCCCCAAACCGGGCAUUUCCCUGGCAUCAAGGCCUGGGCCCUCGGUCCCCCAGGAACGUGGUGGGAUUCUGCGUGGGUUUCAUCUCUGGGGAGAGGGUGCAACCCCAGACUGUAUCUCCCUACCGUGGGGCACCUGGCACACAGCCUUACUGGGCACACAGUGAUGCCCCAAAAAUGUGUGGGUCUCAGAGGGGGACGUCACCAGUCCACAGGCAGCGCCAAGACCGGCUCGCUCGCCGGCCCGCGGCGGGCACUGCUGUCAUGGGGAUUUGUGUGCAGGCUCGUCUCCCUGAAGUCCAGGGAACCCCCCCAAGCGAGGGGUUGGUUCGCUCUGCGGCGUCUGCACGUGCCUGCUGAGGUCCCUACCUAGGACCUGGAAAAUGGAGGAGAGACUCCUGACCCUGUGCCCACUCUCUGACCGUGGCCUGUGUGCCCAUGUGCCCACCCGGCCCCUAGGGCCCAUGCAGGCCCAGCCCUAGGCCCUUCAUUCUGUCGGACUCCCACCUGCCCCCAGAGGAUGGAGGGGUGAUGCCUGAAGCACCCAGGGCCCGUAAGCACGGGUGAGGCUGGAGACCAUGGCUGGGAGUGCCCUGUGGCUCCCUGCCCUGGUCCCCAGGGAGGCCCGAGGGUCACACACUGUGAUGGGAAGAGGACACCGUAGCUGGCCCGGGCCCAGGAUGGGCAGCUCUGGUUUCACUACUUGGCUCUUGGCUGCUGAGGCAGGUGCAAGAGAGCCGGCCCACGGCAGGCAGGGCCAAGUGAGUGGGCCCACGGCAGCCCCCGAAGACACCCGCCUCGGGCUAGCGUAGGCAGGGGUGCACGGGGGUGGCCCCGGCGGCUGGGGUCAGAGGUCGUCGGCUCUGGCUUCUCCCAGCCUGCUGGCCUCACCCUUCUGCUGGGAAGGCUUUGCCCUCUGUGGUCCUGGGACCCAACCCGUGAAGACCCCAGAGUCAAGGCAGUUGCUGUGUGGCCAUGAACGGCAGUUCAGGGGUUCCUAAGGCCACCCAUCAGGGCCGGCGUCACCAGAGCUCACCCAUAGAAGUCAGUGGCAACCUCGUGAACCUUGUGAGUUGCUCAGGGUACAGAGUUCAGCUCCCAGCCUGGCCCUCUGACCCUGGGUCCCACGGGCUGUCACCUCCUUGAGCUGCCAAGGCCGUGUGUGCUCCGUGCGGGUACUCCCGUGUCACCAUCCUACUGUGCAGCCCAUGAGGCGGGCCUCACGGUCUCCAACACACAGCUGCCACCUCAGCCCAAACUUGGGGCCUUUCCCCGGGCCCAGCACAGCCAGGUGGGCUGGCCAGUGUGAAUUCGGCCAAGCAGCUGCCUUCCCACACCCGCCUUGGAUCUGGGUGCCAGGAUGGGGGUGCCCGGCCCGCUCACUGGCACCGACAGCCCUGCCUGCCACUUUCCCAGGCGUAAGCCACCCUUGGGCAGCACCGGCCCCGGGGCUGCUGGAGGCACGGUGCAGGAUGCCGCCCCGGUGGGGGCCUUGCUGUGCUCCUGGCAGCAGGAAUCAGAGAAGCAGUAACUGGAUCUGGCGGCUGAGGGUGGAGGGCUGCGAUCGGGUUGCGGCCACAUGCGAGUUUUCCACCAGGCGGCUUUCUCUACCUCGGGAAAGGGCCGGGCUGGACCGCCAAGUCUGAGCAGCGGGUCCGGGGGCCCCGAGGUGGGGGGCGAGGUGGAGAGAGGCUGGGCGGUGCGGGGACCCGGCACCAGCCUGGGGCCGGGAGCUGCCAGCAAAGACAAGGCAGCAGUCCGCCCUGCGGUGGGUGGCGCUCUCCCAGCCCCCCAGGCCCCGGGCUCCGGCCCCUGGCCAGUCCGGUACUGGCUGGAGUCCAAGCUGGGGUAACGAAAGGCAGCCGCUCUUCCUAAGCCGGCCGGGCUCUGAUCCGCCCUCCCGCCCGCCCUCUGCCACCCGCUGGCCAUGUAAGAGCUGCCCGGGCCGGUGACCGCUGGUCAGAGGCAGCGUCCGAGCGGGCAGCCGGUCCAUGACACCGGCCGGGCCGGGGGACCACGGGCCAACCCAGCCGACCCGGGCCUCUGGGGGCCCUCGGGGGCCGUGAGCGCCCAGAGAGAGCUUGCCGGCCCUUCUCGGGGACGUCAGCCGGUCCCCAGGAUGCCCACCAACGGCCUGCACCAGGUGCUGAAGAUCCAGUUUGGCCUCGUCAAUGACACUGACCGCUACCUGACGGCUGAGAGCUUUGGCUUCACGGUCAACGCCUCGGCGCUCAGCCUCAAGAGGAAGCAGAUGUGGGUGCUGGAGCCGGACCCGGGGCUUGGCACGGCCGUGCUGUUGCGCAGCAGCCACCUGGGCCGUUACCUGUCGGCCGAGGAGGACGGGCGUGUGGCCUGCGAGGUGGAGCAGCCGGGCCGCGACUGUCGCUUCCUGGUCCUGCCGCAGCCCGACGGGCGCUGGGUGCUGCAGUCCGAGCCGCACGGCCGCUUCUUCGGGGGCACCGAGGACCAGCUGUCCUGCUUCGCCACGGCCAUCACCCCGGCCGAGCUGUGGACGGUGCACCUGGCCAUCCACCCGCAGGCCCACCUGCGGAGCGUGAGCCGGCGGCGCUACGCGCACCUGUGCCCGCAGGAGGACGAGAUCGCCGCGGACAGCAACACGCCGUGGGGCGUGGACGCGCUCUUCACGCUCAUCUUCCAGAACCGGCGCUACUGCCUCAAGUCCUGCGACAGCCGCUACCUGCGCAGCGACGGCCGCCUCGUCUGGGAGCCCGAGGCCCGCGCCUGCUACACGCUGGAGUUCAAGGCGGGCAAGCUGGCCUUCAAGGACUGCGAUGGCCGCUACCUGGCGCCCGUGGGGCCGGCGGGCACGCUCAGGGCCGGCCGAAACACGCGGCCCGGCAAGGACGAGCUCUUCGACCUGGAGGAGAGUCACCCGCAGGUGGUGCUGCUGGCCGCCAACCACCGCUACGUGUCUGUGCGGCAAGGGGUCAAUGUCUCAGCCAACCAAGACGAAGAGCUGGAUCAUGAGACCUUCCUGAUGCAAAUCGACAAAGAGACAAAGAAGUGCACCUUCUAUUCCAGCACCGGGGGCUACUGGACCCUGGUCACCCACGGGGGCAUCCAGGCCACAGCCACGCAAGUUUCUGCCAAUGCCAUGUUUGAGAUGGAGUGGCGGGGCAGGCGCGUGGCUCUCAAGGCCAGUAACGGGCGCUACGUGUGCAUGAAGAAGAACGGGCAGCUGGCAGCCAUCAGCGAUUUCGUGGGCGAGGACGAGGAGUUCAUCCUCAAGCUCAUCAACCGGCCCCUGCUUGUGCUGCGCGGCCUGGACGGCUUCGUCGGCCACCGCCGCGGCUCCAACCAGCUGGACACCAACCGCUCGGUCUACGACGUCUUCCACCUGAGCUUCAGCGACGGCGCCUACCAGAUCCGAGGCCGCGGCGGUGGGUUCUGGCACACCGGCAGCCACGGCAGCGUGUGCAGCGACGGCGAGCGCGCCGAGGACUUUCUGUUCGAGUUCCGCGAGCGCGGCCGCCUGGCCAUCCGCGCCCGGAGCGGCAAGUACCUGCGCGGCGGCGCCUCGGGGCUGCUGCGCGCGGACGCGGACGCGCCGGCCGGGGUCGCGCUCUGGGAGUACUGAGCGCCGCCGCCCCCACCCCGUCCCCCAUUAAACCGUGUCUGCGACGCCGCG